AUGCGCUAUGUCUACGUGCCAGGAUUUCCCAGCCUCCAGCCUUCGUCCGGACAGCAGAUUUAUCCAUUUUCCGGGUUCAACAUGCCCGCGACCAGCUCAUUUGCGCCCGGGAUGACCGGCUUUGGGCAAUUCGUAGCGCCCAUGACGCCGAUGACGCCGAUGACGCCGAUGACGCCGAUGGCGCCGAUGACAUCCGUUAUGCCGUACCAUCAUCAUCAUCAUCAGUCGUCCGGUUCCACCGGCGUGGAACGCGGUGGCUUCGGCGCACCAGGCGGAUCUGGCAGGUCCGCGUUGGGCAAUUGCGGCGGCGGUGGAAGCGGACCUGGCCCCGACGACGCUCUCGAUCCGACUUUGAUGUAUCCCAACCCAUUGGCCUUUGUCGGUCCCCUACAGCCGGGCAUGCAACCGUUGAACUUCAACUGGUUUUGCAAAUACCGGCUCCGUGCCUGGCGCGAUGGCCAGCAACGUCUGUCCGGCCAGGACGAACAAUGGCUGGUUCCGAGUCAACUCUUCAGCUUUCCCGGUCGGCUCGACGAUGUCCUACACACCAAAGCCGACAUUUCUCUGAAACGCCCGGAUCGUUUGACCCGGUUUGAAGUUUGGGCAAUUGCCAGCAUUCGGCGACAUCUUCAGGCUCGAAUGAUGACCUAUCAUGACCCUAAUGACCUGGCCCAAUCCCUUUCCCUCCCGCCCAUAAGCAGGGGCCAUGCGUCUCCGAUAUUUUCUCUCGCCCCAAAGGGCGACCACCCGACAUGA